UUUAGAACGUGGGUGUGAAUCAUAGGGUGUGGUUUCUGCUAGGGUUUAGUUUAACGUUUACGUCUACCGGUAUCUAGUAACUUGUAAUGAUGUCUGGUUUGUGUCACUGUAAAAUUGGUCCAUCUAUACUUAACGCUGACUUAUCAUGUCUUGCCUCCGAGUCACAGAAAAUGUUGGAUAAUGGGGCGGAUUACUUGCACCUGGAUGUCAUGGACGGUCAUUUUGUGCCUAACCUAACUUUUGGUGCCCCUCUAGUCCAGUGUCUACGCAAGCACAUUCCUCACGCAUUUUUUGACCUCCAUAUGAUGGUUGCUCAACCUGAAAAGUGGGUUAAAGAUAUGGCUGAAGCUGGUGCAGAUCAAUAUACUUUUCAUUUGGAAGCAACAAGUGAUCCUGAGAGUUUGAUAAAGCAGAUUAGAGAAGCAGGAAUGAAGGUUGGAAUCGGUAUUAAGCCAAACACCCCAGUUGAAGAUGUACUGCCAUUUGUUGAUAAGGUAGACAUGGUCCUUAUUAUGACUGUGGAGCCAGGCUUUGGAGGACAGAAGUUUAUGUCUAACAUGAUGCCUAAAGUUAAAUGUCUGAGAGAGAAGUAUCCAAGAUUAGACAUUGAAGUUGAUGGAGGGGUCGGAUUAUCGACUAUAGAAGAAGUUGCUAAAGCUGGAGCCAAUAUGAUAGUGUCAGGUAGUGCAAUCGUAAAGAGCAGUGAUCCUAAGAGUGUCAUAGACCAGCUCAGAGCAGCUGUAAAUAAAUGGGCUAUCAAAGAAUCCCCGCCAUGAGAACUCUCUCAUUUUCUUCAUUUUUAAAAAUUAUAAAUUGGAGACUCUUUUUAAGGAUUUUUUUAGCAAUUAAUGUUAGUUAUGAUUCAGUCAUGUACCAUUCUGGCAAA